GUGACGAUGCCCGUGGAACGGAUGCGAAUGAGGCCGUGGCUGGAAGAACAGAUAAACUCCAACACUAUCCCCGGCCUCAAGUGGCUGAACAAGGAGAAGAAGAUUUUCCAGAUCCCAUGGAUGCACGCGGCCCGGCACGGGUGGGAUGUGGAGAAAGAUGCCCCCCUAUUCAGGAACUGGGCCAUCCACACGGGGAAGCAUCAGCCCGGGGUGGACAAGGCGGACCCCAAAACGUGGAAGGCCAACUUCCGCUGCGCCAUGAACUCCCUGCCCGACAUCGAGGAGGUCAAGGACAGGAGCAACAAGAAGGGGAACAACGCCUUCCGGGUCUACCGCAUGCUGCCGCUGUCCGAGCGGCCGUCCAAAAAAGGAAAGAAGCUGAAGACCGAGAAGGAGGACAGAGUCAAGACCAUCAAGCAAGAGCCGGUAGAGUCGUCUUUCGGGCUGAGCAACGGGCUGAGCGAGGGCUCCCCUGACUACGCGGUCCUGGCGUCGACGAUAAAGAGCGAGAAAGACAGCACGGUGAACAUCAUAGUGGUGGGGCAGUCGCACCUGGACGGCGGCGGUGGCGGUGAGGACCAGGUGAUCGUCGCCAACCCGCCGGACAUCUGUCAGGUGGUGGAGGUGACCACGGAGAGCGACGAGCAGCCCGUCAGCAUGAGCGAGCUCUACCCCCUGCAGAUCUCCCCCGUCUCCUCCUACGCAGAGAGCGAGACGACGGACAGCGUGCCCAGUGACGAGGAGAGCCCGGAGGGCGAUCCCCUGUGGCGGCAGCGGAGCGGGGACGGGAAGCGGCCCCCGGGCCCCCGCGCCGCCUCCUGCCUGCUCCCCGGGAUGGCCACCUUCGUCACGUCCAACAAGCCGGACCUGCAGGUCACCAUCAAAGAGGAGAGCCGGCCCCUGCCCUACAACAGCUCCUGGCCGCCCUUCGCCGCCUCCGCCGCCGCCGCCACCGCCGGCGGGGGCCGCGGCCCCUCCCCGGGCCCGGCCGACCCCCCGCCGGCCCCCGCCGGCCGGCCCGGCCGCGAGACCCGGGCCAGCGUCAUCAAGAAGACCUCGGACAUCGCCCAGGCGCGGCUCAAGAGCUGCUGAGGGCUCGGCCGCCGGGGCCCGCUCCCUCUCGAACUCAGGGCCCCGGCCCAGGAGAAGAUGUGAACUGGCUGGAUUCUCAUGAUCAAUUCUCCCCCUUCUUACGGGGGGCGAGGAAAACCUCUCGUGGACACGGACAGAGCGCAGUUCAGGCUGCUUCCGCACCUUACCCCGAAGCACUUAGCCCCGUGCCGGCCUCGGCCGACCCGGGCCGCCGCGCCGGCGGGCGUCUCCCCCAGCCCCCGACUCCCCUCGCCGAAGGAACCGAGAUCCUCCCGCCCUACCCAGAAUGAGCUUUUUUUAUUUUUGUAUACGGUCGGGGGGCGACGAGGGCGGGCGGAUUCUGUUCGAGGUCGAGGAAAGAAACCCCCAAGCGACCGGACCCGUUUUUUAAUCCUUUUCUACGGCAGGCCGGGCCCGGUUCCCCCGGUCCGGUGUCUCGGCCCCUCGGCGGCUCACGGCCCCGUGGCCCGUCGGCUCUCCCUCGUUCGCUUUCGUCCCGUGAAGGUGAGAUAGCUUUGAUGAGCUCAUGUAGCGAUCGGAUCAUCCUGUGGAUCGAUAAGAAAUAAACACACGAUAUACGGCU